CGGUCUAACCGCACUCACUCUUGUGAGCUCAAUCAUUCCAUUUUCACAGACGCCGGCUAAAGAUUAUAUGUGAUAUAUUGAAGCUGUCAAAUACGGCACGUGGUUCCUUUGUUUAAAUCGACAGAACUCCUACAAUCACAACUCUCCUCCUGCAGCACCGGGUUAUACGAUAAACGCAAGUGAACGUCGUGGAUUUGUAUUAUUUUUGUGUAUCAGUAAAUCAAUCUAUAAUACGGAGCGUCGCCAGUGAUAACGUUCAUUCAGUAUUCCGGCAUCGGCGAACACGCACGUUUCUCAGUUCACGGCGCAGUCAUUACGGACGCAUCCGAAAUGGAAGACGGUGUUACAUUUGAUAUGAUUACCAGAAAAGUUUUAAUGACGGGAUUCGCUCCUUUCGGCAUGAUAGACAGGAACCCAAGCUGGGACGGGGUUGAUGCCAUCAGGAAGGAAGAAGUGGAAAUGAAACACAACAUAGAAUUAUUCAAGGAGCAAAUAGAAGUGCGCUACACGCACGUCGAUGAAUCGGUGCCAAGACUGUGGAGGGAAUUGCAACCUGAUUUGACUAUUCAUGUUGGGGUAUCAGACCAGACGGAUUGCUUCCUACUGGAAACGAAAGCAAAUAGAAAAGGUUAUGAGAUAGAUGACGUGGACGGCAUCCUUCCAGAUGAAUACCAGUGCACUGCUAAUGGGCCGGACGAGCUCAAGACCAGGCUGGACGUGCAUGUCCUGAGCAAGGAGUUCAAUAUGGAACCUCCUUUGGAAGGCCUUGAAACCAGGACAUCGGAGAGUGCUGGCAAUUUCCUCUGCGAAUAUUUAUACUACAAGUCGUUGCAUCGGGACGCGUCGAAGACCUUAUUCAUCCACGUUCCGCUGGACCAGUACACCACUGAUGAGAUAGCUGCAGGCCUGGAACGCAUCCUCGAGAUCUGUCUCCGGCAGGUGCAGAGCAGGGACCUGUACAAUUUUAGAUCUUACCAGAAUUAAUAUAAGCCGCCCAGUAUUAUAUGAAACGCCAUGUAGCGCUUGUGAUAAUAAUGACAAGGAUUAUAAUUACCUUGUUUAUCUCGGUGUACUCGCAGUUAUAAAUUGCACGCUUAUUUAGAACUUCACUCUGAUGCUUCGAAUAACCUUCUUUGUUUAAGUUUAAUGCGUAUGGUCCAACCAAGGACAAACUUGUUGUCUAACGGACGACGGACAGGAGUGGCC